CAUUAAAAGAAUUGCAUUUGACAUUUUAAAUUGUUCUUUCGAUGGAUCCUCUCUCAUACCCUCCAAUAAUUGUCAUAUGCCUCCGUCUUUCUUUCUCAUUUUCUUCAUCCUCCGUCCUUUCGUCCCUCCGUCCCACGAAUUAUUUCUGUAACUAGGGGAAUUAGCUUCUAUUUAUCCGUCAGAGGCUGAGGAUCGUACAGUCUUAUGAUAUGAGUAUGUUACAACUGGACUAUUAUCUGUUGGCGGACGAGAAGGAUGGACGUAUAAUUCUUCCUACUUGCCUUCCAAUGAGUAUGAUAUGAGUAUGUUACAUACGGUUACAUAAAUUUUCUUUUGCAUGUGUCGGAUUGAAACUAUGAAAGUAGCUGUGUUAUCUAUCUGUGCAACACAAGAAUACAAGUUGGAAGACUGUUAAUUUUGCAGUUUUAAUCGUAAAAGGUGCAGCAACAAUUAAUGUAUACCAGUACAGCUCUUGAAGCCUACUGUCCAUCCUCACCUUCCUCCCCCCACAACCUCCUCCUCCUCAUUAGAAGAUGAGAUUUACGACGUGUUCUUGAGCUUUAGUGAAGAUACGCGCAAAACAUUCACGGACCACCUCUACUGGAAAUUGAAAGCGGCCAGACUCGACACCUUUAUCGACGAGAACGAGUCAAUGCGAAGAGAGGAAGCUAUAUCAGACAAAGUGAAGCGAGCAAUCCGAGGGUCUAGAAUUGCUGUCAUCAUCUUCUCAAGGAGGUAUGCAGAUUCAAUCCGGUGUCUUGAGGAGCUGGUGAAGAUCAUGGAGUGUAAAAGAACAAUGGAGCAAAUGGUUUUGCCAAUAUUUUAUGAUGUUGAUCCUUCGGAUGUCAAGAAUCAGUCUGGGACUUUUGCAAAAGCAUUUAAGAACACGAAAACCAUUUCCAUCAAGUUAAAGAUAAGGACGAAAAGCUAUGGCUAUGGAGAAAUGCUCUUACUGAAGCUGCAGAUUUGGCCGGUGAGGAUUUUGCAAAGACUGACGGAGCUUGGAAACUAUGAUACGAGAUUUUGUGUGGUCAGAUAUGGAGCUAAUAACAUGGGUCAACGUAGUACAUAAUGCUUUCAGAAGUUUUCAAAAUUUUAAUCGUAUGAAGGAGAGUUUAUCAGGAAAAUAAUUGACGGGAUCACUAGAAUACUGAAGAACACAUCCUUAGGCGUAGCCACCGGACAAGAAGGUAAUCUAAUGAUGCAUGAUAUGAUUCGAGACAUGGGCAGAGAAAUCGGGCUUGCUGAAUCCUCUGGCAACCCUGAAGAACGUAGCAGAUUGCGGGUUCCUGAAGAUGUAGCAGGUGUAUUGAGGAACAACUCUGGUACGAGAAAAAUUAUAGGACUCAGUUUAGAUUCGCAUGAAUCUGACAAGCCUGGCUGCAGUACAGAAUCAUUUCAAAAGAUGCAAAUUUUGAGAGCGCUCAAACUCACUGGAAGUUGCAUGCAUCAUUCCACUCUGGCACGAUCCCCAGACUUUCUAGAAAUCAUAAAACUAGAGAAGCUGAUACUCAAAGGCUUGCCGGAUUUGUCAGAGAUUCACUAUUCCGCAGCACACUUGUUUAACCUGAAUUAUUUAUCACCGGACUUACUGAUGGAACUGAUAAUCGAUGACUGCAAGAGUUUGUCCAAGUUUCUCCCUUCCACGGUACAACAGAAGAACCUUAAGCAUUUAUCGCUUGUGAACUGCAAGUUAACAAAUGAUGCUAUUCCUAAGGAUCUUGGGGGCCUAUCUUCUUUAGAAGUUUUAGAUCUAAGAGGCAAUGCUUUUAGCCGGCCACCUUCCCUCAGUGGCCUUUCCAAGCUUCAAGUCUUACACUUGGGUAAUUGUAAGAACCUUGGGGCACUCCCAGAUUUACCUAAAAAAUCGAAAAUACUGAAAGCGAAUGAGUUCAUGGCACUGAAAAAGAAGACCGUGAGGAGGGCCGACAAAGAACAAUUUAGGGAAGGGAAAUCUGCUGACAGAGAGCAAAAGAAGCUUGAGGAGGAGGCAGCAGAGGAGAAUGAGUUCAUGGCACUGGAAAAGAAACCCGUGAGGAGGGCAGACAAAGAACAACUGAGGGAAGGGGAGUCUGCUGACGACGAGCAAAAGAAGCUUGAGGAGGAGGCUUUCAUGGCACUGGAAAGGAAAGCCGUGAGGAGGCCCGACAAAGGACAAUUUAAGGAAGGGGAGUCUGCUGACGAGGAGCAAAAGAAGCUUAAUGAGGAGGCAGCAGAUAAGAAUGAGUUCAUGGCACUGGAAAGGGAAGCCGUGAGGAGGGCCGACAUAAGACAGUUUAUGGAAGGGCACACAUUUGCUCAUCCUGUUAUUCUUUAUCGUCGGACAGUAUUAAGCAAGAAGAAAAGGACAAUACUUGGUUAUUCAUUAGCCAGUGCAAAAAAAAUUGACUGUACGGUGGCCCAAUAAAAACAAAACACAUGUUACAAUUAUAAUUUUAUAAACCUAAUCUCCUCCAUCUUUUCUCUGUCGAUCCCGCACCAAAAUCCUCCUAUUCUUUAUCGUGGAAGCCAUCGCAGCACCCCCGUCGUCGUCUGGAAUCUCGGUCGUGGAAUCUAUGGUAUGACGAAACAUUCGCCCAAAGUUCAACGAAUAAUUUCAAGCUCCCUCAUAAUUUUUCUUCUGGGUGAAAUAUCCUUCGUAGGGUUAGCAAGAUGUAUCUGAUCUGUCAUGGGUUUGGUGAAAUUUGAGGGGUGCUGUCAUGGCUUCGGGGGAAAGGAGAGGGAGGUGAUGGUGAGGUAUGGCAGUUGUGUACUUGGUAGGAGAGAAGAUGGAUGUUUGGAUACAAGUAGGAGAAGAAAUAGUGUAUUUGGUUGAAACAAUGGUAGGACUUGGGAGAAGUUUCAUUUGACAGGUGUUUUUAAUUUAGUGGUCCACAUAACAUGGUCAGCAAUUUAAAUACUCACUAGUGAGAAUCCAAGUAUUAUCAAGAAGAAAAAACUAGUUCCGAUGAGGAUCGCUCCCUUACCCACCUCCAGGGAGAUGGGAAUGACCGACCUCGGAUGGUCAUGUAAUAGCAUGAACAAAACAUCUCUCUCCCUGUAUUUCGAGUCUGUUCUCCCUUCUCCAAGUCGUGUCUGUCUAGCGAUACAAACAUCUAGGGAGAAGUCCAUACUUCAUUUUGUUCAAUCCUUUUUUUAUUGUUAAGUAACAUAUAAGAAUGAGA